AACGCUAGUAUGAUGGAGGCGAACAAACUAACAGAAACAAAUGAUAUUCAUAUCGACCAUGAAGAAGAGAAGAACCAAGCCAUUUCCUACCGUCUCCCUGAGCUGCGCCUGGUCCUCUUGGGAUGGAGAUGGCCUGGGAAAAGCCUGACCGGAAACACUAUCCUGGGACGCGAGGAGUUCCGACUGGAACGAGCAGCCGAGUUCUCGGUCAAACGUGAAACUGAGCGCUUUAACCGCAAGCUAAGCGUGGUGGACACACCAGGCUGGUUUUCUGCCCAGACAACUCCUGACGCUUAUCAACAGGAGAUGGCUCGGAGUACGGGUAUGUGCCAGCCGGGACCCCACGCUUUCCUGCUCGUCAUACCUGUCGGCAUGUUCACAGACACGGACCGGGCCAGAAUCGAGGAGAACCUCACGCUGUUUGGUGAGGCAGCAUGGAGGCACACCAUGGUGGUGUUCACGUGGGCCGAUGUGCUGAGGAAAAUGUCCAUUGAGAGGUACAUCCGGCGGCAAGGUGCUGCGCUGCAGUGGGUGUUGGAUAAGUGCAAGAACAGAUACCACGUUCUCAACAACGAAGCUUUUGGGGAUCGCGUGCAGGUUCCACAGCUGAUCGAGAAGGUGGAAAAGCUGGUGGCUGAGGAAGGUGGCCACUUCACAUCUACAGAGGUGGAACAGAAAGCACAGGAUCAAGCUCGAAAUGAAUCAAACAAUGAGAACUCGAACCCAAAUCAGAGGAGGGAGGAGCGUGAGCUUGGGGCUCGACCUAAAUACAAUUGUUCAUUUAGCUCUGUGCAGUCUAUGGAUAUAGAAAGUCCACAGAGUAUUGACAAGGAGGCCGAGUAAGAAAUAUGAAAUCAGAAGGUGAACAUGCACUACUUUCUUCCAUUCCUCAACUCCUCAAGAUUCACUGGCUGAAUAUCUGAUAUUUAUUUACCUGAAAAAGAAUUCUGUAUAACUCUGUAUACAGUUUGGCAGAUGUACGACAUACCUCUGGACUGGGUUAAACGACACACAUCCCACUUAUUAUUUAUCUGCACUGAUUAAAUCACAAUUGCUAGUUGUUGUUUUGAUAGAUUACUUUAGUAUAGUAGGUCAUGAGCACUCGGGUGGCGCAGGGGUCUAAUGUGCAAGCCCACCACCGCUGAGAUCUCGAGUGCCAUCGACUUGGCCGGGCAUCAAAACAAGCCCAGGCUGUGUCUGAGGGAGGCAGGUCGACUAGACUUUAUUGGCCACCUUACAAGUGCAACCUCUGCUGUCUGAUUGAUGAGUCUGAACUGGUGGUGGGGUAUUAAUAGUGUGCUUCUCUGUGCGAGGUACAGUUCUCUGUGAGGAGAAAGGAUGCAGCCAGCGACUUCGUGCAUAAAGGACGGGGUAUGUGAUAGUCUUAGCCCUCUUCUGCCAGUGCAGGGUGGUACAAGCAACAAGAAAAUUGCAAUAGGCGAAUUGCCAGUGAUUAGCUGGGGAAGAAUAAGCAGGGUCAAUGUUUGAAGUAGUUGCAUUUUUAAUUGGUAAUUUAUCAGUGAAUAAGAAUUGAACUAUAACAAUAUUUUUGCACCUUUUUAUUUUUAUAUUGUGAGAUUAUUAUUUAAGGUCAUUUAACAACCAGUCGUGUGCUUUGACUAGAGAUUUAAGAACCUUCCAGUUGAAAUGGACUGUCUUUUGUCUCCUUUUAUGAUCUGUUACACUUGUUUUUUAGUGUGUGUGUCUUUUGGAUUGUCGAUACAUGUUGCUUUUAUGAAGUCAGUGAUUCCAGGUCCUUUUAAAUCUGAUAACUAGAUGUCCAAAACACAAUGUAAGGGGAAGUCUUAAUUUUACUGUAUUUAUCCAGACACAUUGUUUUUUUUUCUUAUUUUAGCAUAUUUGAUAGCAUAGUGCUGUGUUUUAUUCCUGUAAAUGCACUGAAACAUUACCAUUUAGCAAAUUUUAUGUAGCAGAAAUGUGACGUACAGUGUGGCCAAAAGAAUGUGGACACCAAUGCUAAUGAUUAACUACAGGAGUGUCAGCAUCACCCAUCGCUAACCGAUAAAUACAAUCAAUUAUUUAAAAGUAAAAUACUGUAUAUACUUACAACAUUGUGGCAACAGUUUAGAGAAGGACAUGGUUACCUGGCAUCAACUUUAAUGAACAUAUUUGGUAUGAAUUGAAACAGUGAUACAAAGAUAUUUUGACUUCUGACUGAUUAGGGCCACAUGCACAUCCACAAAAGUGAAUGGUGAAGACACUACUGUAUAUUAAUGGACAUUAAUGGAGCCUAGUGGUUAAGGUGUACUGGACUAGUAAUCCAAAGAUUGCUGGUUCAAGCCUCACCACUGCCUGCCACUGUAGGGCCCCUGAGCAAGGCCCUUAAGCCUCAAUUGCUAAGACAAUAUACUGUCACAGUAUUGUAAAUUGCUUCAGAUAAAAGCGUCUGCUAAAUGCAGAAAAUGUAAAAGGGCAUGGAUUUAGAAUGGGUUGGCCAGCAAGGUUGGGUCAGGUGUCCACAUACUUUUGGCUAUAUAGCAUACAUAACUUUGUAAGCUCUCCAGACAAAAUAUAGUUGCAUGUCUGUUUUCUUGUAACUACCUAGUCAAAGUGUUCCAGUGUUUCAUCAUGCUCACGCAAGUAUUCAUGUUGUGUUCUGCUUGGACACGGGGCAUCAAAAGCAAACAUGUCCAGAAAUGAUUCAGUCUGUUUAGAGUACAUGUCACUUAAGCAACAAAAAACAGGUUUAUUGUAGCUGAAACACCAUCAGAAUAUGAAUGACUCAGACUUCUGCUUGCACAAUACUGGAACACUGGUUGAAAUGCAUUCAAGGCUUUUAGUAGACCAGUCAUCUUGCAUUAUUAAAGCCAAAGCAAAUCUGCAGUCCAUCUGAUCAUAUCACAGUUUUCCACUCAUCCAUAGUCAGCUGUCAAAAACACUUGGUCCACUGUAGCCAAGCUGUUUAGACUACAAGUGCUAACAAAGGACAGCUUUUGCAGUUUCCUUCUUUAAAGCUAUGAUAGGCUCAGCGUGUUCUCUGAGAACAUCCCACAAUAAACAGCAGAAAGCCAUUACCGUUUAUUAGAGUAGAAAGUUCUUAGCUAUUCGUCAAACAUCAAAGCAAUGUUUAUAACACAUUGGAACCAAUACAAUGCUAAUUCUGACAGUGUAGAAAAGUUAUGAGCCAUUGAUCAUAACUGCUCUUCUACUCCACAAAUUCUGAUCACAAAGCCAGAUUAAACUGCUCCCUGUAUAAUGGGGUUAUACUGAAAAGCAGCUUAACAUGAAACUCAUUUAUUUAUUUUAUUUAUUUUUUUUUUUUUUUAUAUAUAUAAAUAAAUAUAUUUAUAUAAAAUUCUAGUCAUGUCCAAUUACCCUGAUUGCGUCCUCUAUACUGGUUAGACCUUCACCGCUGGCUGAGGACGCCUCUCAACUGACUUGUGCCCCCUCCGGUACUCAAUCAGUACAGACUGCAUUUUUCACCUGCACGAGUCGAGUUCAUAAACUAAUGAACGCUGUGUACGGAGGGACACACCCCUAUCAGCAUUACUCCUCAGCCCUGUGCAGGCACCAUCAGUCAGCCAGCAGGGGCCGCAGUUGUACCAGUUAUGAGGACCUAUGAUCCGACUCUCUACCCUCUAACCCUGAACAGCAGUCAAUCGUUGGUAAACAGUAGUUAUUAAACAUGUUUUGAAAAUGAGAAGUCACCAUUUCAUCACAUUAAGUCGUAAUGGCUGUUUGUCCCCUAUAUAACUUAUCUGUCUGCCUUCAUUAACAUUAACAAGUAGCCUUUAGAGGUACUUUAGAAAUCAAUCAUUGCUCAUUUUGACCAUGUUUCAAGAUGUGGUGGUGAGACCAGCAUGUAAACAAUGGCUAGUGGCUGCAGUUACUUUACAGAUAUUUGGUUUAAAUCAUUUAAACACAUCUAUUCGAUUCCCACUUGCGCUCAUGCCUCCCGCAGACAAGGUCUGGAGCAACAAGGUCACAUCACUUUCAGCCUUCCUUCUUCACACAUGGUCAUCGUAUCUGUAAAGCACCUAACUAGGCCGGUGGCUGUGCUGAGCUGGGCCAGGCUAGCGUAGUAGACUGUUGCACCUACUGCUGCGCCUCUACCAGCCCCUCAUCAUUAGAAUGUUCACCAUCGUUUUAACCAAAGAAAAUCUACCACAGCUUUUUCGGUGGGUGUUCUUUACUAUACCAAAUGCAGUAACACCUUUGUGCUGUCCUACCAUGUGACAAACACGAUCUCUGUUAUAUUACUCUUUAGUUGUUCUUCAACAUCUUAGAUUCUGUCUGUCCAGCAAGUGCUACAUUCACCCAGUUGCAGCCUUUUGAUGCUGCUAUUAGAAAAUGCACCUGUUUUUGUCUGGAGAGCUCACUAAAUUAUUACUGAAAUCAAUGUAUAAAUGAAGGUGAAUUCUGAAACCUAUAUGUAGUACAUAAUUUCUGCAUAAAUAGGAAAGUUUUGGAUUUGUACUGUAAAUAACAUUAAAAGAU